AUGUCACAGAUUCCUGUCCCAAUUCCAACGCUCCCCAUCGCGUCGACUACAGCUGCUCAAAAUGCCCACAUCGCAUCCUUGAACACCCAAAUCGAACAGCUAGUUCACAAGAACAAUAAACUAGUCCAAUCUCAUGAAGAAGAACUUGCAGAGUGGGAGAAAAAGCUAGUCGAAGAACGACGACGGGGCGACAAUGCCGUUCGCAAAAUACAAGAAGCGAGCAAACGUGAAGUAGCAUCCUGGCACGAUGCUUGUGAGACGCUCCGCGUCGCAUCGCAUCAUGCAAUGGCAUCGAUGGAAUAUGCACAUGCCGUCACAAAGCACGAUUUACUAGACUUGGAGCACAAGAUGGACGCGCUUUCAACCGAAUUAAAGGUCAAGGACAUGUAUUUGCUCCGCCUAAAAGGGGCGGAAGAGGAUUUAAAGGAUCGACUCGAAUACGCAGAGAGAACAUAUGCUAGGCGGCUAGAAGCCCUCGUGUCUGAACUCGACGAGACCAAGCAAGAACUCAUCAAUUCCCGUAACAAGGUCGUUCUCAACGAGUCUCAGGAAACGUCUAAACUCGCAACCAAACUUAAAGAGGCUCAGAAAGAGUUGGACGAGACUCGUGCCGCAUUAACCAAGGCAAACGCUCAGAUAACCUCUUUGGAGUCUGUGGCCGAGCGUGCUCGUCUAGAGCUCAAAGAUGAAAAGAGAGAACGAAAAGAGCUAGAACGGGAAAUGAGAGAACUCAAGGACCAAGUUGCCGACUGGAAGCGACUGGAGACUCGAGAGGCUGAGACGGCCAAAGAGGGCAAGAAACGUGCUCGAGAGCUCGAAGUGACAUUGGCGGCGGAACGAAGUCGUCUCGAGGAGCUCGAACAAGAGCGCAAAAGGACGAGUUGGAACAAGAGCGAUGAAGCGAAGAAAGAAGCAAAGGCAGCGAGAAAGCUUCUUAAAGAGGCGAAACAAGAAGCCGCCGGAAAGGAGAAUGCACCAGAGAAAGUAUUUGAUCCCAAGCCGAAGAAACGACAGCGAGAAGUGGAGGAUGCCAGCGACGACGAGGGCAAGACGGUCAAAAAGUCUAAACCCACUGUUGAAUCGAAUCCUAAACGAGCGGUUUCGCCCGGUCCCUCGAAAGACGCCGCAAAGUCGAAACCAAAGUUCAAACGACCGACCAAGAAACAGGCAGAGGAAGAGCACGACUCGGACGACACUCUCUCAAAGCGCGCCAAAUUUAUCUCAAAGUCACUUGCAGCGGAUAAUGCAGAAGGUCGACGUGUCAUCAAGGGCGCUCUAGGUGAUACAUCCGAUGAAGAACCUAUCACCAAGCCCAAGACAAAGGCAAAGGCGAAGGCAGCUGCUAGCCGAAAGGAUGAGGGGAGUGAAGAAGUCUUUGACGUCGAUAGAAUCCCAGAAGCUUCUGACUCGGACGAUGAGCCACCCAAACCGGUUGGUCCCAAAGUCAAGAAGACGGCAAAGAAGAAAGAGGACAGCGAACCCUCCAAGCCCAAAGCAAAGGAGACGAAACAAGCCUCUGCUGCUCCAGAGCCUGCAAAGCCAAAGAAGAGAAUGUUGAACCUACUUGGGAAUACAACCGGUGCGAGUGCUGUUACCGCUUGGUGGGGCGCGAAGAACACCGACAACGAAUUCAAUAUACCGACGAUGCUUUCAUCGCCGGAAAAGGGCGAAGUACCGAGAGCAAAGUUUGGAUCUGGCCGAGGUUUCUAA